AUGGCAAAGGUAUACCCUGACCCCGAACCACAAAUUGCCGAUCAUCCACCCACUGACCUCCUCCAUUUAGAAGCCCGCCAAAGCCAGAAAGAUAGCAGCACGAAAAGUCCUCGCCCUCCCAGAACUAGUCUCGGCCAUCGCAACCCACCUACCGAGCGAGGACCUCUUCGUCGUCCAGCGAGUCAACACCACUUUCCACGACAUCAUCACCAAGACCAAACACCUCCAGGAAACCAUGUACCACGCCAACCUCCCCCAGGACCCCUUAGCACACACACUUGGAACGAUCUUGACCUCCCCCGCCCUCAAGAAAGCAAUGGCGCCCCUACUCCUCCGCCACGCCAAAACGACUCGAAGGAAAGCCAUCCUCACGGCCGAAUACACGCCCAAACCGUACUACUACCGGCCCAACUCCACCGAAUCCUGGCGACGGAUCAAACUCGACUGCGGAGACUUGCCUGUGCUGCUUCGCUCGGAUGGAUGGGACGAUCUCAACUGCCUGCCGAGGUGACGCUCGGGGAGAUUUACGAUCAGUUCUUUGAGAGGGAGGCAGAUGUUGAGAGGAUGAUGUGGAAUAGCCGGAACCCGCUGUCCAGGGGGCGGUGGGCAUUUGGCAGCGGUUUGGGGGGAAGGGUGGACGUCUAUGAUGAAGAUGUGAGUUUGAGGGGUUCGACGAUGUUGAGGAUUACACCUAUUGGGGAUGAGGGUUUGAGUUAUUAG